GGACCCCCGCGUGCCAGUGACUGGCCCGCACCUGGGAAGAGACGCGUUGGCCCGAUUCCACAGAGACGCCGAAUCUGCAUCCACGUCAAUCACGUCUUCACCGCUGGCUGCGGGACGGCCUGGGUGGCCGGGAUGCCACUGUGUGCCCUGCCAGUCCAUGGUGGAUCCUGAAGGGCAGGAGGACGGAGUGGUGGGGACGGAGUGUAGCAGGCUGGGAGGGCACCACCCGUCUGGAGACAUGAACCUCUGCUGGAACGAGAUCAAACGCAAGUCCCACAACAUCCGGGUGCGGCUUGAGGCGUUCUCAGACAACAGUGGGAAGCUGCAGCUCUCCCUACAGGAGAUCAUAGAAUGGCUGACAGCCAAGGACGAGGAACUGUCGGAGCAGCUGCCCAUAGGGGGCGACGUGGGGGCUGUCCAACACCAGAGGGAGUUCCACCAGGUCUUCAUGGAGGAUGUCAAGUCUCGGGGGCCCUUCAUCUACUCUGUGCUGGAGUCUGCUCAGGUCUUCUUGGCACAGCACCCAUUCCAGGAGCCCGAGGAGACGCUGCCCGACGGAAAAGAAGUGUCUCCGAGGAAGCGGAUCCUGAACGUGAGUCGCUCAGUGUGGAAGCAGGCCAACGUGGCCAGUGACCUGUGGGAGAAGCUGACUGCCCGCUGCGUGGACCGACACAGGCACAUGGAGCGGACCCUGGAGCGCCUGCUGCAGACCCAGGCAGCCAUGGAGGAGCUGGCGGUGGCCCUAGAGCAGGCUGAGGGGGUCCGGGACGCAUGGGAGCCUGUAGGGGACCUCUUCAUUGACUCACUGCAGGACCACAUCGAUGCCACCAAGUUGUUUAAGGAGGAGCUAACUCAGGUGAAGGAAGGCAUGAAGCACAUCAAUGACCUGGCUCAUGAGCUGGCCAUUUCUGACGUCCAUUUGUCCAUGGACAACGGCCGCUCCCUGGAGCACCUCAACAGCCGCUGGAAACUACUGCUGGGCUCCAUUGAAGAGCGUCUGAAGCAGCUGCAGGAUGCCCACAGAGACUUUGGCCCUGGAUCCCAGCACUUCCUCUCCAGUUCAGUGCAAAUACCCUGGGAACGCGCCAUCUCUCCAAACAAAGUACCCUACUACAUCAACCAUCAGGGCCAGACGACGUGCUGGGAUCAUCCAAAAAUGACGGAGCUGUACCAGGCACUGGCUGAUCUGAACAACAUCAAGUUCUCAGCGUACCGGACGGCCAUGAAGCUGCGGCGGGUGCAGAAGGCUCUGAGAUUGGACCUGCUGACGCUGGUGAGUGUGGUGGACGUGUUCAGGGAGCAGGAUCUGCAGCAUGGGGAACAUGUGAUGGAUGUGGUGGAGAUGAUCCAUGCCCUGACCGGCCUGUACGAGAGACUGGAGGAGGAGAGGAGGGCCAUCGUGGUCAACAUCCCUCUCUGUGUGGACAUGUGUCUCAACUGGCUGCUCAAUGUCUAUGACAGUGGUCGCAAUGGGAAGAUGCGUGUCCUCUCCUUCAAGACGGGACUGGUGAGCCUGUGCAAUGCGGAUGUUCAGGAGAAGUAUAAAUACCUGUUCAGGCAGGUGUCUGGUCCAGGGGGUCUGACAGACCAGCGUCACCUCAGUAUGCUGCUCUAUGAAGCCAUCCAGAUCCCGCGACAGCUGGGAGAGGUGGCCGCCUUCGGAGGGAGCAAUGUGGAGCCCAGUGUACGCAGCUGCUUCCGCAUGGCCCCAGGGAAGCUAGCCAUCGAGGUAUCGCACUUCCUGGAGUGGAUGAGUCUGGAGCCCCAGUCUGUAGUGUGGCUGGCUGUUCUGCAGCGUGUGGCUGUGUCCGAGUCAGCCAAGCACCAGGCCAAGUGUUACAUCUGUAAACAGUGCCCCAUCAAGGGAUUCAGGUACCGCAGUCUUAAACAAUUCAAUGUGGACAUCUGCCAGACGUGCUUCCUCACAGGACGCACCACCAAGGGAAAGAAGCUCCACUACCCCAUCAUGGAGUACUAUACCCCAACCACCUCAGGAGAGAAGAUGCGGGACUUUGCCAAGACGCUGAAGAACAAGUUCCGGUCGAAGCAAUACUUCAGCAAGCACCCUCAGCGGGGCUACCUGCCUGUCCAGUCGGUGCUGGAGGCCGAGAGCUCUGAGACGCCGUGCUCCUCUCCCAAGCUACCCCAUGCAGACACACACAGCAGAAUUGAGCACUUCGCUAGCAGGUUGGCGGAGAUGGAGAACCAGAAUUGUUCCUUCUUCACGGAUAGUCUGUCGCCUGAUGAGAGUCUGGAUGAAGAUCAGUACCUCCUGCGUCACUCCAGCCCCGGCGCCCUGGACCAGGACUCCCCCAGUGGACAGCAGAUGCUGCUGGCCCACCUGGACUGCCAGGACAAGGACGAGCUGCAGAGAACGCUGGCCCGCCUGGAGAAUGAGAACCGGGUGCUGCAGGGGGAGUGGCGGCGGCUGAAGUGGAGGCAUGAGGAGGCAGCGGCGGCGCCCCAACUGACAGAGGGGGGCGAGGAGGGUCUGGGAUCGCCCACGGGGGGCCAGCAGGACGAGGAACUCCUGGCCGAGGCGAGGGCCCUCCGGCAGCACAAGACUCGCCUAGAGACACGAAUGCAGAUUCUGGAGGACCACAACAAACAGCUGGAGUCCCAGUUGCAGAGGCUACGAGAGUUACUGCUGCAGCCCAAAGAUGACUCGGAGGCCAACGGAUCGGAACCUUCGUCCCUGUCGUCUCCGGUGUCAGGGGGAGGCCGUCAAGGGGACGGACCCAGUAGAGAGACCACAGACACAGAUGCAACGGGAGAUGGAGAUGAGGAACAGGACACAGUGCAGCAGCUGCAGGAGGUCAUAGAGCAGCUGAGAAAUGUCUUCCCUUCAGAACCUGGAGCCACAUCACUCAUCUAACCCAGGGCGGGGCCUGGAGUGCAGAGUGAUGCCUAAUGGGAUUCCUGAUGGCCCGUGCCCCAUAUAGCUGCCGUCAGAGGGACAGAGAGUGCACCAGGCCCUUGACCCAUACAGCAGCUCACAGAGAGCUGACCCCUCUCCAUCACCCCUGUGGGAGCCAAAGGCUAAUGGCUAAUGCCAAUGUCCAGGCCCAGCCACGCACUAUGCUAACAAGCUAAGGCUAAUGGAUAAUGUUAGCGGUGCAGCCAGACACUGUGUUAACCAGCUAAGGAAGCUAACAGCUAAUGUUAGCAGCCCAGCCAGGCAGAAACUGUGUUUGCUAUGGCUAACGCUAGCAGCCCAGCCAAGACACUGUGCUAACCAGCGUCUUUGUAGUCGCCCGAAGGUGUGAAGCUUUAUAUCUGUACAGCACAAGGACGUUCCACGAAAAUGACUUUUACACAAUGCAAAAGGAAUUUUCCACAUGUUUUGUCCCGUCCGAGUG